AAUGUAAAAUACGUGUCUGAUGCAUGAAAUAAUUAGUAAUUAGUAUAAUGUGAAAGUUUACACAAGUUUUUCAUAAACAUUUCACAAAUAACGGAACUCGUGAGUCACGACGAUCGACAUAUUUGUGUAGAAAACGUUAGUGUUAUAAUGUUAGUGGCGGCAAGACAGACAUGAAGAAUUACUUGGAAUGCCUCUGGACGAGCUUUACGACGUCUCCAUGCGUCUGAGUGGUAGCUUGGGCCGCCAUGACAGUGACUUGGAGUUGCUGGUUCGGGAGGGCGAGGCAGUCUCGACCAGACUUCGCAACCUAUUAACCCACAACCUCUCGUCUCCGAGAUCAGCUGCUGGAGGAGCAGGAGGAGUAUCCGCCUCGUCCCGGCACAGGAGGGCAGCUUCCACCGAAUCGCCAAGACACCAUUCCCUCGAACGCCGCGCCGAGGGCCUGACGGACGGGUCAUCGCGCCUGAGUCGGGCUGACCUCGCUUUCGAUGACUCGACCUCCCCGAGGCAUGAUCGAGGUUACCCUUCUUCACUGCCGCCUCGCACAAGGUCACUCACCGACGUCAGGAGACCACCAGCAACAACCAGUACUCCCAUAAAACCGGAUUUAACGCCACCUGGUGGCGGGAGCCGAAUUCGGAGGGACCUCUUCCCUUCGUCUGCUGGGACCGCCACCACCACCACUACGCCCCUCUCCGUCGGCCACCUCGCCACCUCUCUGACUGACACGAUGGACGAUCCAGAGAUGUUUCGUUUGGAGGAGGAGACUCGUUAUUUGCAGUCGGAGGUGGGCCGCCUGGAAGAAAUGCUCGCUACCUCACGAGCUGAACGUGACAGAGUAUCAGUCCAGUAUAAUGUUCUGACCGACCAUGUUGCGGAUGAGUGGCAAGAAUACCAGAAGAGAUUAGAGUAUUUUCAUGACGUGCAUAGGAAGCAGACAUCUUUGAUAGACCGGUUAGCAAACAAGGUACGAGAGUACCGAAGCAGAAACCGGGAACUUGAAAGCAGAAGUACUGAAGCCCUACGAUACAGAGACAGCAAUGAUAGGGAAAUUGAGACUCUCAAUCUUGCUCUUACCACGGCAGAAGAAAAGUUGAGGGCUUCAGAAGCUCAGCAUACUUUUGACCUUGAAACAGCAUUGGUCAAACUAGAGGAUGAACAGCACAGGUGUGAAAGUUUCAGCACACAAGUUUCCAAUUUACAACAACAGUUGGCAAAAGUCGAAGGUACUCUGUCACAAGUGACUGAGGAGCGAGACAAGGCUCAACAAGCUCUCAAGCGCUUAGCCGACGAAGUUAAGGCUAAGGAGGAGCAAUGGGUCAACGAAUCUCAGCAAUUCAACAAAUAUUACAUAUCGGAACACAAAAACUUACUUGACCUUUGGCGAGAAAUAGGGUCUGUGAAGCGCACCUUCUCCGAGGUGAAACACCUGACCUCCCGCGACCUGACAGAACUGCGAGGUGACUUCGACCGUUAUUCUCAUCUCCUCUUGUCUGCCUGCCAGUCAGCUCACUCCAACAUGAGUAUCAUACCCACAGGAGAUAAGCAGGAUGAAUAUGUGGUUGCUAAUCCAUCAGAUUUGUGGGGUCGCAUCCAAGAAUGCGAGAGGUCACAGGUCCGUGCCGAAACGGAGAAGACCAACCUCAAGGAAAAAAUCAACGAACUUAAUUCGAGAAUAGCCGAACUCAACAAUGGUUUGAGGGACAAGGAAAGAACAAUAACUGAACUUAAUAAAAAAUUGGAUGAAGGCAUGUCAGAAGCGGAGAUUCAGGAGACACUGAGGGAGAAGGUGCGCACAUUAGAAGCAUAUAUGGUUGACAUUGCACAGACCGUCAUCAAGGAUUCUGAGCAGAGCACUGGUGAUGCAGAUGGCAAGACUCCUUCAGCUUUCAGAAUUGUACGAGAUUCAGACCAGGGUAUAGCACCAGAUUUACCUCAGAGUACUGUGUCUGCUGUACGAACAGCUCUCUCAAAUCGUCACAUUCAAAUUCACGAGCUACAGCUGAAGUUGACAUCAUCUAAAGAACAAUUGGCUGGUCUUCGUAAACAAUAUGAAGUUGCAGAGUCAGCGCAGCGAUCCCUUGAAGGAACCAUUCUUGAACUUCAUGAUGAAAUGGAAGCCCUCGGAAGACAAAAAGAAGAAAUAGCCAGAGAAAAAGAUAGACUCUGCGAGGAUUUGGAUGCAGUAACAGCUGAAAAAAGUACUUUAGAAAAGACUAAGCAAACUCUCAAAUCCCAGUUGGAGGCUGCUGAAGAAGAAACAGAGCGGCGAGCCCGUCAGGUAACAGAAUUGGAAAAGGAGAAGGCAGCUCUUGGUGAAGAACGCUCCUAUCUUAAUUCAAAACUGAUGAGAGAAAAAGAAGAGGUCCAGAAGCAUGUAAAUACCAUCACAAUUCUAAACACAGAGCUCUCCAGUGUUCAACAUCAGGUUACUAUAUUGUCUGAGUCAUUGGGAAAGGUACGUGCUGCUGAGGAGAAGUUAGAUCAGGAGAAAGAUGAAUUGCGAGACCAAAUACGAGCAAUGGAACGAUACCGCACUGAAUUGGAAGCAAAACUGGCUCACUCCCUACGUCAGGAGACUGACCUUAGGGAGGCCCUUGAGAAGGUUGAAUCUUACAGCAUCAACCUUGGCCAGGAUAAAUCUCAGCUGGUCUCCAAGAUCACAUCUCUUGAAACAGAGCGUGCAGCCUUGGGGACUGAAAGAGCAGAGUUACGUACAGAGAUUGAACGACUCAAGGAUGAUUUGGCUGUUUUAGAGGAAGAACGAUCUAGCCACGAGACUACUAUUAACACAUUGAAUGAAAAAAUUACACUUUUAUCAAUUGAUAAAGAAAAGAUUGAACUGGAGCUGAAUGACAUCAUCACAGAACGAAAUGAGUUACAUGGACAACUUACAGCUCUGGAACGUAUUAAGACUUCAUUGGAGAAUGAGCUUACCACCAUCACCAACAACUUAACUGAAAAAAUCAAGUUAAUUGAGAGGCUCAAUGGUGAAAAGGAAGGACUGACCAAAGAAAAUGCUGAAAUGGAGGUGAAACUGAAUGGGGCUGAGAAAGAACUAAGUGCCCUACGUGAAAACCUUACAACGCUGAAAGCGGAGAAACAGAGUCUUGAAAGUUUUGCAACAUCUUUAGAAAAGAAGUGGUCAAAUAACGAGGCUCGUCGCACUCAGCUAGAGAAGGAGAAUCAAAAUUUGACAUCUGAUAAGGAGAGGCUCAAUACCCAGAUGAACAAAUUACAACGGGAACUUGAGGCAGAGCUGGCUAAACUCAGAGAGUCACGAACAGCACUUGAGCGACGAUUGGAUGAGAAGGAAACUGAGCAUAAAAAGACACUUAUGAUGCUUCGCAACCAGUAUGAAGAAGCUUUGGAUGAUAUUAGAAAAGAAAAGAGUAACAUUCAACUGGAACUUGAAGACAAAUUGAAUUCGACCAUCCACUCCAUGAAAAUGGAGAGAGAUGAGCUUGAACUCAAGAAAGAUCAAGAAAUAUCAGCACUGAAGCGUUACUCUGAAAAGCUACAGCGAGAAAGAGAUGAUUCAACUUUGCGUUUUGAAGAGGAGAAACACCGCUCAAUGAUGCUGGCUCAGCAAGAAAUAUCAAGUCUGGAGGAAAAAGUUGCUGCAUUGCAGAGGGAUUUGUCUUCAUAUGAAACCCAACUGGAACAGCUUCGACGGGAUGGCACCUCCAAGGCUGAAGCUGGCAGGGCUAAUGAAGGAGCAUUACAUAACAAAAUUACUCAGCUAAAAGAAGAUUUACAUAACAGCAGCCAACACUUUGAAAAGCAGCUAAAGGAUGAAAAAGACACGUAUGAGCGUAGAAUACGAGAGCUCCAAGCACGAAUAGACGAAGCUCGCAGGGACCACGAAGUAGAAAUUACAUCCUUGAAGACUGACUUGAGAUUAGCCAGAGAAGAUGCGAAUCGGCUCCAGCAGGACCUGGAAGAUGCUGAAGGGAAGCUUAAAGAAGCGGAAGAUACAAGGGUUGCUCUUAAGAAAGAACUCAAUCGAGCAAAUGAGGAAAUGAGGUCUGCAGAAGAAAGGAGAUCUAAUGACUUACAGGCUCUGAUCAGGAAGGUUGAUGUCGAGAAAAAGGACUUGCAAAAGCGACUUGAUGAGAAGGAAUCCAAACUGAGUGCUUUAGAGGUCUCUGAAGCAAAGCAUGCCGACUUGAUAACGCGUAUGACAGCUCAGUUGCGUGAUUUGAAUACUGUUAAGCAAGAUGCACGAAGAGAAAUAAGUGAGCUCAAAAAGAAGCAACAGCUCUCGGAGACUGAAGCUGUGGGUCGUAGUCAGGAGUUGGAAAAUCUAAGACUUCGAUUGUCAUCAGAAGAAGACCGUCACAAUGAGUGCAGAAAGGAAGCUAACAAACUAAAAACUAAGGUUGGAGAGUAUGAACGAGAAAGAGACAAUCUCCAGACAGAGUUAGCGCUUUUAGAACGGAGGUUGACAGAACUUGAAGAUCAUCACGCAGCAAAAGAGCAAGAACUUGCCACCAGCCUUGAAGAAUCCAGAGCAAAUGAACGAAAACUCAAUGAUGAAAAGAAGAACCUUGAGAACUAUCUAAACAAUGCCAAUCAACAAAUCAGUGACCUAAAGGUCAAGCUGUCCCGUGAGGAAGGACACGUUGAGGCACUUGAACAGCAGCUGAAUACAUUAGACACGAAUCGUGAUCAGUUGGAGAGGAAGUUGCAGAAUGUUUAUGCUUCGCUGCGUACUGUGACACGCAUGUACCAGGACACCUCACCAUCUUCGCCUGCGCUACGGAGCAGGAAGGGCACCAAGAUUGGUUUCGAACUGUCUGGUAGCCAUAGUGAUUUACAAGCAUCCAUAGAAGCUCUUGGAUCCACUGAAAAAAUUAAUGUAGCAGAAAUUGACCCUGAAACAGUGCGCCAUGAAUUACGAGCUCUUAUGACACAGAUGAAUCAAGUGGAGUUAGAGAGGGAUGAUGCCAUGGCACAUGUUACUAGCCUUGAGAGACAAUUAUCAGAACUUCAAGAAGCUCACCAGAAAUCAGAAGCACGGCUAAGAGAUGUAACUCGGGCUUUGUCAGAGUUGGAAGAGAAGAAACGUUACAGUGAUGAUAAGCUCAAUAAGGCAGUGUCACAUGCUAGCCAGCAGGAUGAAGCUUUGCGUCGAAAGGAAAUCGAGAUCCGUUCCUUGAACGAAGAGCUAAAUAACACGAGGAGAAGGGUGACCGACCUUGAGCAUGAGAAAGGAACUCUUGAUGAUCGUGUGCAAAAGCUAAAGAAUGGUGUAAAUCGAAUUGAAAUGGAGAAUGCAGACAUCAAAGAAAAAUUAAGAGCCUCUGAGCAACGAGGUGCUCUUCUUGAUGAUUCCAAAUCAAGAUUAGAAGCUGAGCUUAGUACAACUAAAAAGACUGUUAGUGAAAAACAAAUGGAGAUUGAGAAUCUUCACUCUACAAAAGAUAAUGUGAACCGUACCAUUCGUGCACUUGAGGACCAAAACUUGACUCUCAAAAAUAAAGUCGAAGAUCUGAAGACUAGAAUGGCAGUAAUUUCUAACUCUGAGGCAGAAUUGAAGAACAAACUCUCAUCCAUCAACCGAUCUUUGAAGGAGUCAGUGUCAUCAUCUAGUAACAUGCAAGAAGAACUUAGCAGGUCUCAAAAUCAGUUAUCACGAAGUGAAGGUGAACGUCGUCAGUUGGAGGAGAAAGUUGCAGAUUUGCAGAGUGCAAUUGCAGAAUUGAAACGCCAGAAAGAACAGCUAUCAGAGUUCAAAACUAAAGCUCAGCAAGACCUCUCAAAUGCAGAGAUAAAGAAUGCUGAAUUAGAAAUGAGCUUGAAGUCUCUGAAAGGGAACCUUGGAGAGCGAUCAUCUGCAACAGAUGAGCUUGUCGCAAAGGUCUCCCGAUUAGAGCAGGAGAAGUUUGAACUCCAGAGUAAGCUUAACAAUCUGGAGAGGAAGUUGGCCCUAAGUGAAGCAGAAAAACGUGAUAUUGAAAAGACAGAAUAUAGGAUUGAGAAGGAUAAAACUGAUAUAAAGAAGAUAUUGGAAAAGUAUGAACAAGAUCGUCAUGAUCGUCCGGACCACCAUCGUUCCGACACAGUGAUUCUGAGUGGGUCUGAACAGUCUGUGCACGACUCUAAUAUCAGCGCUCUUCGUGUUGAGAACAUGGAGCUGCGCAGAAAGAUUGACGACCUAGAAACCUCAAGGACUGAUCUACAGCAGAAACAUUUGAAGGAGACUUUGGAGAUGAGCAGCGACCAUCGCCGAGAGAGACAGAUUGACAGUGAAAAGAUUCGUCGGCUGACUAACCAGUUGGAAGCCCUCAGACAAGAGAAGGAGCGUUGUGAACUGAGAAUUCAUUCGCUUGAACAACAGAUCGCCCAGUAUAGAGAUCAGAUAAGGGAGUACCGAAGUCGUAGUUCUGCUGUCGCAGCUGAUGUUCGAAGAGUACGCAUGUCUAUGACAGAAUCAUUACACAAUAUUGGCACACAUCCCAGAAUCUCAGCUGGCGUAGUUGAUUCUGAAAUUCAGAACCUAUCAAGUAGGCAAGCACGGUCGCCGAGGGCAACCAGGCAACGUCGUUAUGCGUCGGCAUCACCAGGGCGCAGGCCUGAUCAGAGGAAGACCUUAACCUUCACAUGAUCUCCUAAAUUUGUUUCAUAAUGAGACCUUUUUCCUAAAAUGGUUCGACCAUUUUUAUGUGACUUGUGUAACCGUUCAUUCUUGCGAGAUUUUGACCGUCUAACACUGUCAUAUGUUAGUCUGCUCUGAGUGGUUACAAAUUUCAAGAUUCAAGGCACAAAAGGAACAAUUUUGUGCAAUUUUUGAGAGUUGUAUUUUGAAGUUAUUACCUUGCUGACAAUGCAAGGUUUGGGCUUCUUAAUGAUGCCUUUGGGAGGUAGCUUUCAUUCUGCAAAAUUUUACUUCAUUGAUGAGUAAAGUUAUAGCAGCUUGAAGGUUAUCAUUGUUCAAGAAUACUGCCAUUACUAUAUUGUUACUUUUGAAGAAAUGUUGGGAACUGCUAUGAAACACUGCCAGAAUAUAGUCUACAGAAUAUAGUCAAACUGAGCUAGAUAUUGUAAAUAAAUACUGUACUUAGCAAAGGGGCUUAUUAAUGUUGUGGACUGGUGGUAUGGAAUGAUGCAGUAUGUUAUAGCCAGGAAACAAACUUGAAUGUUUUGGUACCUUUAGUACAGCACUAAGCUAGACAGGAGAAGGAAAGUCUGAUAUAUUUUGAAAAAGGAGUUCUUUUACUGUAGUAGCACUGCCUUAUAAAUAAUGUUUACAGUACAAAUAACAAAAUUACAUAAUUUCUCUUUCUAGUCAUGGCAUCAUUUUAAACUAACUUCAUGUAAACGUGAACAUUGAUUCAGGGAUCAAAAUACAAUACUUUGUCAUUCUUUAUUGGCUGUUGGAGAUUCUAGUCAGUUUGAUGAAUAUAUAAAAAUUAUGAUCAAAAUUUUGUAAACAUCUAAGCUGCAUGUUCCUAUAUGUUACAAAUUAAAUAUUAGCUUGUUGAGCACCGAGAACGUCCAUUAGAGGCCUUUAUUCUUUAGAAUUUAAAAAAAAUUGACUAAAAUUGUACAGAUGAAACAGUUCCCUCUUUUAUUUCUGUUUUAUACACUUGUUAUGUAUUUUUGUGGAGAUUCCAAUCCUCAUAGUACACUUAAUAUCAGGAGCAAAUAACAGUUGUGUUGUUGACAGAUAUAUUGGAUAGAUAUUUUAUUGUUCAUUCCAAGUUUUUAGAUGAAUGUUUUAAUAAAUAAUUUUAAUUCAUUGUACUGUAAAGUAGAGAAUACCACAAUUUAGUUAGCUCAGCUGCAUUUAUUCUUGUAGAAUUUUCUUGAAAGAUACUUUCCUGUUGGUCUACGUGUAGAUCAACAAGGGAAGUUUUAGAUGCAGAUCACAAAAUGUACAGCACAAAAUCACAUAAAAUUGGGACUUCACCUAUUCUUACUUGCAAGAAAGGCAAAUGACAGUCCCAUAUGAGUCAUUUUGGCCAUACACUACAAUCAUUCAUAACUUUUUUAAGCAUAGAGGCCAUUAUUACAUUAUUCAUUUUGUUUUUACCAUAAUCAUAUCAAGCUCUAUAGUCAGACAGUUUUGAUAUCAGUUCUUUUGUAUGAAACUAAACGGGAUCAAGAGACUGCCUCAGAAAUAUAUUUUACUUUUGGGUAACUGUCAUUUCUAUUCUCACUAAAACUUAGUGAAAAUUGCAUGUCAUGUAGACAUAGUUAAAAUGUAAAAUAUAUAAAAAAAAAAUA